AAUAUUAGCUCUUGCAAAGUGGAGGUUUAAAAGACGUCGGUAAAUAAUUCUGCAAAUCACAAGUCACGUUGUUAUUGGAAAACCGACUGAUAUUGUGAAUUUGGAUAUAAUUCUAAAGAAUAUUACAAAAUGUUCAGAAACCAGUAUGAUAAUGAUGUCACGGUCUGGAGUCCACAGGGUCGAUUACAUCAGCUAGAAUAUGCUAUGGAAGCAGUUAAACAAGGUUCAGCAGCAGUAGGAAUUAAAUCUAAAACUCAUGCUGUACUAGCUGCAUUGAAGAGAGCACCAUCAGAGUUAUCCUCUCAUCAGAAAAAGAUUUUAGCUAUAGAUGAUCAUGUUGGUGUUUCUAUAGCAGGUUUAACAGCUGAUGCCAGAUCACUCAGUAAUUUUAUGAGAUCGGAAUGCUUGAAUUCUCGGUAUGCUUACGACACACCAUUACCAGUUUCACGACUUGUGGCCAUGCUAGGAUCAAAAUCUCAAAUACCAACACAAAGAUAUGGUAGAAGACCUUUCGGUGUAGGUUUACUAGUGGCUGGCUAUGAUAGUAUGGGUCCUCAUAUAUAUCAGACCUGUCCAUCUGCUAACUAUUAUGAUUGUAAGGCUAUGGCAAUUGGAGCUCGAUCACAAUCGGCUAGAACCUAUCUGGAAAGAAAAUUAGAUGAAUUUCCUGAAAGUAGUCUUAAUGAUUUAGUAAAACAUGCUCUACGUUCUCUACGUGAUACAUUACCAUCAGAGAUAGAACUAACUACAAAGAACUGUUCAUUAGGUAUAGUUGGUAAGGAUCAGAAUUUUACUAUUUAUGAUGAUGAUGGAGUAACUGAUUAUUUAGCAAUGAUUGAAGGAGAAGAACGUGCCCAUCCCCCUCCAGCAGAUGAACCUGCAGAAUCUAUGGAAGCACAAGAUGAUGAUACUCCAGCAGCUGGUCCAGCAGAUCCUACUGUCGGUGGUCCUGAAGUCAUGGACUCUUAAACCCAGUGAACAAACAACACAUGAUAUAAAUAAUCUCCUUAGAUUCCAUUCAUUAAAUUAUAAAGAAUAAUAUCCAUUACAGUUCCAGAUUUUCAGGGACUUAUCAUCUUUACUGUGUCUCAUCAAUUUAUUUAUAAUUAAUGCAGGACAACAAAGACGACUUGAAUCAUCAUCAUCAUUGUUAAUGAUACCAACACUGUUCCAUUGACACAAAAUGAUUAUUAAAUAUUUUCUUUAAAUAUUAA